CUAGGAACUCUUAUUUUGACAUGACAGAGAAGAGCUAAGCAAGAUGCACCGACUAGUGUUGGACGCACUGGCCCCGAGUCGUACCCCAACGUGGAUCGCUGGAGACAUAUAUACCGCCGCGCUGUACUCGCCUACGGAGAGAGACAAAUGGGCGGCCCACGAGCUAAACGACAGCGUGGCAUCGGCGUCCUUCAGCUACUGCAGCCCACUGCGGCACACGACCACGCCGCGGCCGCGCGAGCGCUGCUCCACGCCCAACCACCGCCUGCAGCUCGCACCAGAAGCGUAUCAGGACCGCUCCGUGCCGCUACAGGUUAGUGUGGACUACCUCCUACUGCAGCCCACUGCGGCACACGACCACGCCGCGGCCGCGCGAGCGCUGCUCCACGCCCAACCACCGCCUGCAGCUCGCACCAGAAGCGUAUCAGGACCGCUCCGUGCCGCUACAGGUUAA